AUGUACACCAGAGCAAAGACCGAUGCAGCUAAGGUGGGCCCCACGCAGCCUGAGAGCUCGCCUGAGCCUGGAGCCGUUUCCGAGCAGGAUGCUAAUAAUGCUAACGAGCGGCUGCUAAUACGCAUGGAGGUGAUGAUGGAGACUAUGCGCACGGACAUUGUAAGUCAGUUUGAACAGAUUGUAUCUGGGGCAAUAAGAAAGGAAAUCUCUGCUGUUUGUGAGCCCUUGCAAAGAAAGAUUAUUGCGCACGAUCAAACCAUUGCUAACCUCGAGGAUACUGCUACUGACCACGAUGCUCAGCUAACUAGCCUAAAUGCUACGGUAGCGUCGCUGACUGAGCGUGUUGGUUCCCUGACGCAGAAGUGUGAGGAUUUGGAAGGAAGGUCGAGAUUGAAUAAUAUUCGCGUGGUGGGUGUCCCGGAAGGCUCCGAGGACUCCCGUCCAACUGUGUUUGUGGCCAAACUGCUCCAGGGCUUGCUCGGCUUGGACGGGGAACCAGUGCUGGAUCGUGCCCACCGUACCCUCCGCCCUAAACCAAAGGACGGGGAGCUUCCUCGCCCGUUUGUUGUGAGAGUGAAUAUGUUUCAACAACGCUGCGUAAUCCUACAAAAAGCUGGAUCAUCUGGACCCUUAUUUCACAAAGGAAAGAGGGUUUCAAUCUUCCCGGAUUUCACUACCUCUGUGGCCAAGAAGCGAGCUGCUUUUGCCAAAGUCAAGAAGGAGCUUCACUCGUGUCCUGGUGUGAAGUUUGGACUUUUUUAUCCAGCGAGACUGCAUAUUACUCCUCCGAGCGGACAAACUCACAAAUUUGAAGACCCGACAUUGGCUAUGGACUUUGUGCUGAAACGUUUAAAAACUGUGGUGAUUCCGGAGUCUGUUUGA